AUGAAAAUAACCAUUAUUGUUUUGUUGGUGUUGAUCGGUGUUGUGCUGGCACAAUCGAAUGAUCUGUUUGUUAAUUUUCAACCGAGAACCGAUUCCGGUUGUCAGGGUGACGUAGCCGGUGUCGGCUAUGCUACGUCGAUCAACGAGUGUCUCGAGCUGCCCAGUGAGUCGUACUACUUUAUUGUGACGGCGUUGCGUGCCGGCUGGAAGAUCUACGACGACUCGACCAAGUGCUCCGGUAACUGGACGGACGACUCCUACAAGAACGGCACCUGCAUCGAGAAUCUACAGUUCAUUCAGGCGGUAGAUCCAACUCCCUAUGCCACCAUGUUCAUCUCGCAGGCACCGAUCACACAGAUCGACAACGCCGCCAUCAUGGCAAUGUAUUCCGACGCCAGCUGCGAGUUGGACGCACUCGUUGCCUAUUCCUACGCAACCAACGGUACCGAAGUGACAUCGGACGACUCCACCUCAGUCGCCAUCAUAUGCCAGGGUGAUCAGCCAACUUCCGUUGCCUGCGAGAAAGGAUGCAGUGGAACCGAUUGCUGCAAAACCUACGACCUUUCUACCAGUUGUAAAAAGAGUGACAAAUAUUACAUUAAAACAACAUAUGAUGGAAAUAAUAGUAAUGCGAAUACUUCAUUUCUAAAGAGUACAGCAAAAUUACCACAUCCUAUAGCAACACUAUUUCAUAUUUUGUUUAAAGUUCUCAGUAUAAUGUCGUAUCUAUUUCCAUACUUGUUUGGCAAUGGUUUCAUUAUUAGUUUUAUAUUGUGUACACUACUAUUAAGUUUUGAUUUUUGGGCAGUAAAGAAUGUUACAGGUAGAUUGCUCGUAGGAUUGCGUUGGUGGAAUGAAGUAAGAGAGGAUGGCACCAAUGAAUGGUAUUUCGAACAAGCACCAUCUGAAGUAAAGUACAACUCUACGGAAUCAAUGAUAUUUUGGUUAUCACUUUAUUUUACACCUGUAUUAUGGCUUUUGUUUUUCCUAUCCAGUUUAAUCUCUUUGAAUUUCAAUUGGUUGAUAAUUACGAUUAUUGCAAUGUCAUUAGGUUUAACUAAUCUCUAUGGAUAUAUAAAAUGUGCAAGAGGAAAUAACAGUCCGACAGCUAGCUCACUUGCAACAUCAUACAUUGGACAAGCAAUUCUAUCACGUGCCAAUUCUUAUAUUUAA